GUCGCCAAGCAUCCCCAGAAUUGUAUUAAUUAAUACAUGUUGUGAUAGACCUCCCUGCCUGCGAAGCCUCUACCUGCAAAAUAUCUUUUGCAUCCUCCCUAGACCAAGACAUCGAGCAUUAUUCUGAUUCCAUAUAUCAUCACUGCAUCGAUGAAAUCGCCCAUAUUCCCGAAAUACCCACCAGCACUUGACGACACGCAGACUUCGUAUCUACUCACUAACAUCAAAGAUUGGUCGAUCGCUCAUGGACUCGCCGUAAGACCGCAGUCGGCCUUCAUAAGCGCGACUGUAGAUCCGUCUGGCGUGCUAGCAACAACAGCACCAGUAACAAUAUUCCCAAGUCUGUUCCCGCGGUCAUGCUUUGAGCAAGGGCGAAGUAUCCAAACCGCCUAUAAUCGGUUGUACUCAGCUAUUGCGAGGGACGAAGACUGGCUGGGAUCUAUUGUACAAGAGCUAGUCGGUAUAGACGAUUUUAUUACAAAGCUAUGGGAAGUGCACAUGACGGUCAAACAGGAGGGUUACACUCAGUCUCUGACUCUCGGUCUGUUUCGCUCAGACUACAUGGUGCAUGUGGAAGAAUUGGAAAAUAGUCGCAAUGUCGGCUUGAAGCAAGUUGAAUUCAACACGAUAGCGUCAUCUUUCGGCGGAUUAUCGUCCAAAGUUUCAACUCUACACAGAUAUCUUCUCCGGACUGGCGCUUACCCUGCUAACAAAGAUGGUUCAAGCUUCACCGAAUCGUCCAUACCGCAAAGUCAGGCCAUCGCGUCACUCACGCGCGGUCUCGUAGCAGCACAUACGGCGUAUGGACCGUCUAAGAGUGACAAGAAUUUAUGCAUCAUUUUCUUAGUUCAAGAACCGGAGCGUAAUGUCUUUGAUCAGCGACAUUUGGAAUACGAGCUCUUGGAGGCACACGGUGUCAGAGCUUUCAGACUCCCUUUCGCGCGUGUACUCGAAGAGACCCAUCUCAAUGACGACAAAACGCUGCUAUACACCUCACCACAUGCCUCAGAUAUCCAAUGGGAAGUGACAACAGUGUAUCUCCGCGCUGGAUAUUCACCCGACGACUAUCUGUCGGGAACAGAGUGGGAUGCAAGACUGCACCUCGAAAGAAGCCGAGCUAUCAAGUGUCCCAGCAUAUUGACCCAUCUUGCCGGAUGCAAGAAGGUUCAGCAGGUCCUUGCAACACCUCACUCCCCGCACCUUGAAAGAUUCGCUCUGAAAGAUGACAUCCCCAGGCUACUUGAUACAUUUGCGCCGAUCUAUCCUUUGGACAAAUCUCAGGCUGGACUCGAGGCGCGGUCCCUGGCCCUAAAUACGGAGCGGGCUCAACGUCUCGUUCUAAAACCACAGAGGGAAGGUGGAGGCAACAAUGUGUAUCGCAAAGCCAUUCCAGAGUUCUUGAAGGGGAUACCCGAGUCACAUUGGCCGGCGCAUAUAUUGAUGGAGAUGAUAGAGCCGCCUCCGCAAGACAAUAUCAUCAUUCGAAAUGGGGAAUUACAAAGGGGCGGCGUAAUAUGCGAACUAGGUGUCUACGGAGUCUGCUUAUGGGAGAGCUCGACAGACGAAGAACCUAAGGGACGUGUGCUAGAAAACUGGGAAGCUGGAUACUUAUUGAGGACGAAAGGUGAUCAGAGUGGAGAAGGAGGUGUCGCCGCGGGCUUUGGUGCAGUGGAUAGCUGCUGCUUGGUCGAUGUGUAGUUCGAUACAACGAGCGGUUCAUGGAAUACACGUAGUAAAAGGCCCAUCAAUAGGACUCAACACAGACAAGUGCAAGACUCGUGCU